UGUUUACGAAUCGUGAUGAAUAACAUUUGGAUUUUUAUUUCCCCCUCGCAGCCAGAGGUGUGUACAGGCGAGGAGGCUGACCUCAUCGACGUGGACUCUGACUUCAAGAAGCCAGGCGGUGGAGGAGGUGGUGGAGGCGGCUUCACUGCUGGAGCAAUGCCCAUGCCCAUGGGCCCCCCAUCAGCGUUCAGCUACCCAACACCCAAAGGAGCAAUGCCUGGCCCCAUAGGGUUCAACGGCCCCUCUGUUGGCACCUAUGAUGCCUUUAACAACUUCCAGCCUCCAAUGAGAGGAGGGCAGCCCCCUGAGCUGCCGAGCUGCCCCCCCACCUACGAGUCUGUCUCUGGCCCCGGGCCUUCAUCCCAGAUCUACGAUAACAACGCCCUCCCUGAGCUGCCCUCAGUUCCCGACACGCUUCCCACUUCCUCCUUUGGAGUUGGACGGAACACUGCGAGCUCUGAUGACAUCGACUUUGAUGACCUGUCACGACGCUUUGAGGAUCUGAAGAAGAAGACCUAGUCCUCUAGUAUCCCAUCAUGCUCCUCUGUGUUGUCAGUCACCACAGCUACAGUAUCAGGAAAUAUUGAAAUAUUUGUAUUGGCACCCUUUGCAGUGAAACUCUCCUCACUGUGUAGUUUUUACUGAUGUUAACAUUAACUAUACCUCAUUCAAACACAUGUCUGUCUGGCACACUGAAGGUGAAGGCCCUUUAGAGGGCUAUUUGACAGUCCAUUUUAUUAUCGACUACAUCCAAUCAAAACUGGACCGUAUAGAUGUCAUCUUUAUAUGAGCACUUUGGAUAUAAAAUGGCCUUCCUGAUAGUAACUACUAUUCUAUGUAACCUCUUGAGCGUUCUUGUUGCUACGGUUGUCACGUAUCCCCUUGACUCACUGUAUGAGCCAAUAUUUGGUUAAUAAUGAAAUAGUCUUAAUUAAUCGUGUCUCUCGUCCAGAGACUGGAUCGAGUGAUACAGAAUCUCAAUCGUUACUUGUUGGUGGGUUUCAUGAAACUGGUUUUUAACUGUCACUGAAUCGCAUAGUAGAAAAACCUGUUUUCUGGUACACACCCAUUGUGUCGAAGUAUUAAGGCCUAGGACAUUUUCAAGGCCGUAGCACCCUGUCCAUGUCGGGUUUUACCCUCAUUACUCUGGCUCUGUCUGAAACCUGUUCUAUGAAGUAUCUGUUACCCUACAUGCGGUGGAGGGAUUCAAUCAGACUUGAAAUAAUUUGGUGUAUUUUUUUCUCCUAAUAAAAUUAACUUAUUGUUUUAAAGCUGAUUUAGUCUAACACUAUACAUGCACUUUCCAUGCUUGUGUAAUAUAACCCAUGCAAUGAAUUGGUGAAGGGAAUGCAUGAUUUGACUGGUGACAGAAAUUAUAGUCUAUAUGAAAAACCA